AUGUUACGUGUUCAAGAAAGACAGAUGGUCUGUAUGGAAAGAAUGAUAAAUAGUCAAAACGAGAGUUCAUUGUCAUUAACUUUGCCUAAGGCGGAAAUAGGCACCAAAGAGAUCACAAAGGUACUGAAGACAACCGGAGUUCAACAUGAUCAAGCUAGAGAUUUUCUGCAGUCUUUAUGCAAAUUACCUCCACAUUACUGCAGAUCAUCAACGUCUAAAUCAUAUUUAGAGCCCAUCUUCGUUUCAUUUGAAGAUCUAUAUAGAAUUUACAAAGAUCAUUGUUUGUCAAAUGCUGGUACUGCUCUUUGUAAGAAAGCAUUCCACAGUGUCUUUGAUGAGUUAAAUUUGGCACUCUUUCGACCAAAAAAAGAUCAGUGUGAUGUUUGCUGUGCGUUCGAGAAUCAGAAUCUGACUAAAGAUGUAUACGACAAUCACAUCCAGCGGAAGGCUGAUGCACGGCUAUCUAAGGUUCAAGAUAAGCUUGUUGCUGAAAAUGAUGAAUCUGUCAAGGUACUUACCAUGGAUUUACAGGCUGUAUUAUUAUCACCUCGAUUACAAGCAUCAGCAAUGUAUUAUAAAACCAAGCUGGCAUGCCACAAUUUUACGAUAUACGAUUUGGCUACUAAAGAUGUAACAUGCUUCUUUUGGCAUGAAGGCGAAGGUGAACUAACAGCCAAUACUUUUGCUUCAUGCAUAUUCGAGUAUGUAAGGAUGAUGUCGCCAAAAGUGAAAACGCUCAUAAUUUACAGUGACGGGUGUACGUACCAAAACCGUAACACUACCAUGUCUAACACCCUGCUCAAGUGUGCAGCCAACAACGAUAUUACCAUAGUCCAGAAGUAUUUGGAGAAAGGUCACACUCAGAUGGAAGUGGACAGUGUUCACAGGACAAUUGAACAAAAGAUCAGAAACAGACCUAUCUACUGCCCCCAGAGUCACAUUGAUUUGAUUCAAGUCUGUCCGCCCCAAGCAACCCUACAAAGUAUUUUAUUUGUCUCACACCUUUUUUUCUGA